GCAAUGGACAAAAAUCCACAUGAAUUUCUGGCUCCAGAUAUUGCACAGGAUUGAAUGAAAUACAGGUUUAAAAUUUGAUGUCAGCACAGUCCGUGAGGAAACUGGAGAAAGGCUGUAAAUCCUGAUCAGUUCUUGAAAUAUUAAGAGAGAGUGUUGGACAUGAGACCACAACUGGAGCUUCUCAUUUUCUUUUCUCUGCCUCUCGGUGUUUUAACCAGCGUGAGGGAUUGCCAGGAGAACGAGUUUUGGGAUGUUGAUGGAACCUGCAAAGUUUGUAAAGAAUGUGGACCUGGAAUGGAACUGUCAAAGGACUGUGGGUUUGGAGUUGGGUUCGGUACAGAGUGUGUGAUCUGUGGAUCCAACAGGUACAAAGACAGCUGGGGCCGGCAGAAAUGCAAGCUGUGCCUUUCUUGUGCGCUCGUGAAUCGGAUUCAAGUCAGGAACUGCACAGUGUCUCGUAAUGCUGUGUGUGGGAAAUGCUUGCCAGGAUUCUAUAGGAAGACCCGGCUUGGAGGAUUGCCAGAUACAGAGUGCAUUCCCUGCACGGAUUCAGCUCCUCCCAGUGAACCUCAGUGCGUCUCCAGAUUAGAUGUGGCGAGGGUCUUGAGCUCUGACACUGGUCCAUACAACACUGCCCUUGUAGCUGUGAUCUGUAGCGUCCUGACAACGGUGCUGCUGACCACCCUGCUGCUCUGUCUCUUCUACUGCAGAAAGCUGAUUGCAGAAAAGCAGAACAAUGGACACCCAAGACCCCCCGUGACUGAGAGAGCCAGAAUAGAAUCUUCAUGUUCUGAGGGACAAGUGGAUGACGCGAGCACUGAGAGUUUGAUCAUACGCUGUCAGAAGAUCACUUCUGGCCACAAUAUAGCACAUCCUGCAGGACCAGCAGAUGUGGUUCAGUCUGAAGAUGCACCAUCGACCUUAAGAUCAUGUAUUGUGGCCUAUUUCUCUCCAUCAGGAUCUCAAGACAAAGGCCGGAGUACAGUUACUUGUCCUGCAUUCUCCAGUUCGCCUCCACAAAAUUACUGUCAGGUUGACGCACCUGAAUUACAACAGCUGGUCCACACAUCUGAUUGCUCCGCUGUCUGUCAACCUGCAUUGACCUCAAGCUGUGAAAUGAAUGGUGAGCUCCUACUAGGACACAUUGAUGAUGCUGGUGUUUCAUCACGACAAGCAGGCUGUGAGAUGCCCUUAUCCCACUGUGCUUCAGUCUCCCACUACAGACAGGAGCAUGCUCCAGUGGAAUGUACAGAGCUAGACCUUCAAGAGUAUCUGACCAAUGCUGUCACACAGAAAACUACAGCACGCUCCCGGGCCUCAAGCCUACAUAAAGGGCAAACUACAGCAUCCUGUAGCUUUGGAUCUUGUCCUGGUAUAAAAGAAUCAUCCAUGUGGGAUCAUGAUGAGAGCAGACCAGAAAAAUGCUCUAGCAGUAGAUGUGGUAACUCACAACACUGCAAUCUGCCCACUGGAAAUAACCGGGUAAGUUAUUGUUUCAAUUAA